CGUAUGACUUGCUCACAGCCACAGAAUGAAGAUGGCUAAACAGAGUAUUUCCGUGUUUAAGUUUCAGGGUAUCGUUAAUACUUUAGUUAUAUUUUGCUCAUGUGUGUUUGUCUGCAGGGCCCAGAGCUACAUUUUGGAUGAUGAAAAAGGAUUAGGAAGAGAAUUUGAUGGAAUUGGAGGAUUAAGCGGGGGAGGUGCUACAUCACGUCUGCUUGUGAACUAUCCAGAGCCUUACCGUAGCCAAGUAUUGGAUUACUUGUUUAAGCCAAACUUUGGAGCCUCUUUACAUAUUCUGAAAGUUGAAAUUGGAGGUGAUGCACAGACAACAGAUGGAACUGAACCUUCUCACAUGCACUACGAAGACGAUGAAAACUACUUUAGAGGCUAUGAAUGGUGGCUGAUGAAGGAAGCAAAGAAAAGAAAUCCCAACAUUACACUAAUAGGGUUACCCUGGGCCUUUCCUGGAUGGAUUGGACAUGGCAAAAAUUGGCCCUAUGAUUAUCCAGAUAUUACUGUAUAUUAUGUUGUCUCUUGGAUUAUUGGUGCCAAGCAAUAUCAUGAUUUGGAUAUUGACUAUGUUGGGAUCUGGAAUGAAAGGCCCUUUGACAGCAAGUACAUUAAGCUCCUUCGAUACACGCUGGAUAAGCAUGGUUUGGAACGGGUAAAAAUCAUAGCCAGUGAUAAUCUGUGGCAGCCGAUUUCGCUGUUCAUGAUGCUUGAUACCGAACUUCGUGAUGUGGUCGAUGUUAUAGGGGCACAUUAUCCAGGUACCUACACAGUUGCAGAUGCUGUGAAAACUGGCAAGAAGCUCUGGUCCUCGGAAGAUUACAGCACUUUUAAUGAUGAUAUUGGAGGAGGGUGCUGGGCUCGAAUCCUCAAUCAGAACUAUGUCAAUGGACUUAUGACCUCCACAAUAUCAUGGAAUCUGGUUGCUAGUUAUUAUGAAGACCUUCCAUUUGGGAAAGAUGGGUUGAUGACUGCACAGGAACCAUGGAGUGGAAACUAUUUGGUGGAAUCUCCUAUUUGGAUAACAGCACACACUACUCAGUUUACCCAGCCGGGGUGGUCCUACCUGCAGACCGUUGGACAUCUAAAACAUGGUGGAAGUUAUGUAGCACUGACUGACGGAUUGGGAAAUCUCACUGUUGUCAUAGAAACCAUGACUCAUGACCACUCGGUUUGUAUAAGACCGCCUCUCCCUGGCUUCAAUGUUUCUGCUCAGAAUGCAACGUUCUCCCUAAAGGGAUCAUUUAGUACACUCACAGUUCUUCAAGUAUGGUACUCCAGAUUUGAUUUUAAAACAAGAAAGCCUACUUACUUCAAGCAACUGAGUCCAAUCAAGCUGUCUGAUGGAUCAUUUACCUUGAACCUGAAUGUAGAUGAGGUGUAUACGUUAACCACGAUUACAACUGGGAAGAAGGGAAGUUACCCUAAGGCACCAGACUCAAAACCUUUUCCUAAAAAGUACCUGGAUGAUUUCAACGUUCGUAACCCUUCCUUCACGGAGGCGCCAUACUUUGCUGAUCAGACAGGAGUGUUUGAAUAUUUUAUCAAUAUGUCUGACCCUGGGGAUCAUGUGUUCACCUUGCGUCAGGUUGUCACCCAAAGACCAGUUACCUGGGUUGCAGAUGCAGACCAGACUAUAAGUGUUAUUGGAGACCACAACUGGCAAAACAUGACCGUGAGCUGUGAUACAUACAUUGAGACAGCCAACAAAGGGGGAGUCUUUGUAGCUGGAAGAGUGACUAAAGGAGGAGGUGAAGUUCGAAAUACAAAAGGGAUUUUUUUCUGGGUUUUUGCAGACGGUACCUACAAAGUUACCAAUGAUCUCCGUGGAGAAAUCGUGUUAACUGAAGGCCUGUCAGACACAACAGCAGGCGUUUGGUACACGUUAACUCUACGCAUUGAGGGUGUUUUUGCUUCAGGAAUGCUGAAUGGCUACCCACUAUGGAAUAAUUUAAUGCUUCUGGGACCAAGCAAAGGAUGGGCUGCUAUUGGUACACGUGCCUUUGAACCUGCACAAUAUGACAACUUUUAUGUAGAAGCAAACUAAUUGUUAGCUUUGUUAAACCACAUGAAAACAGCAUUUCAAGGCGUCAAAACCUUGCAAGUGAUUUAAACUGUAGGCUUGGAUACUAUGUUUCCUAUCUCAAGCUGUCAGACCCAAGCAUUAUUUGAGGUACCAAGUCACCGCAAUAAAAUGUUGGCUGCUGUUAAUUAAGAGAAAAAUUAAGUUGCAUUACCAUUCAGUGUUUUACACUAGGUUCUUAAAAUAACUGCUGGAUUCUUUUCUUAAGCUGUUGUGCAGAGUAUUUGGUUUAAAUGAUAUAUAAACUGCUAAAAUGAUAAAGAAAGCAUAAUGUUUUAUGUAAAUAAAAUCAUUUUUUUUUGAAACCGUCGCACAUUCCAUCAAAUCAAGGUCAUCAAUGUUAAUCGGAAAAUACAGAAAUUGUAAACAUAUUAUAACUCACUGUACUGUAUUGUGAUUGUACGUAGGUGUGCUCCUCAGGUAGCCACUAUAUGUUAAUUGUUUCAGACCUUCUAAAGUACAUUUGAAACAGGUUGUAUGUGUAUUUUUAGAAAUUAGCAGUGUUUUAAAUUAAGAUGGCUGUUAAAUGGUUUCAAAGUGUUAUUACUGAUCUGCAGUCCUAUACAUUAUCAGUAAUAGUUUUGAUUUAACAUCAAAAGGGAAAAUGUAAUAAUAAUGAAAAUACUGGUAUAUUUGUACACAGCUUAACUGUAGUUGUAGUGUAGCUUUUAAAGCCUUUGCAUGGAAUUUUUUGUUUUGUUUUGUUUUUUUU